AUGGGCAAACACAACCCCCAAACCAAGCAAAGGGCCCCGACCCUCAACGAAACCCUUGACUUCAUCGAACAAACGUACAAAGAAUCGAAGUUGAUUAUCGUCGGCUGUCUAGCAUCUUGGACACUCUGUCGACUAAACUUCCGCUUCAUUUGGCUACUCAUCAUUCUAGCCGUAUGCCGCACGCACUACCAAGUAUCCAUCCGACGAAUCGAACGCGCCAUUCGAGAUGAGCUCCGUCGAUACCAUUCACAAAAGGUUCUACAGCGUGGUGAAAGCGUAGAAUGGAUAAAUUAUGCCUUAGGACGAGCAUGGCACCUCUACCAACGCCAGAUCUGCAAACGGAUCGUUCAAUAUGUCAACGCCGGACUGGCCCAACGCAGCGAAGAUUCGUCCCCUCAGAAACUGGUCAUCCACUCCCUGGCUGUAGUGGAGCAGCCGCUGCGGUUUACCAAAGUGAUGACCUACCCCAAGCCUCAGUCGCGCAAUUUGAUCUUCGAAGGACACUUUCGCAUCGAUCUCCGUCCACCGGAGGACCAGAGAAUGCAUCUGCUAGACCUUGUACACACUGAUGAGCCGCUCAUCGACCUGGCCAUCGUGCAUGAAAAGCCAGACCGCAAGAACCAUGAUCUCGUAGUGCAUGUGAGACAGGUUACAGGAACGGGGAUAGUACGGUUAGAAAUUGACCUGGAGAGUCUGGAGCCACAUAUUCUACAGCCGCAGAUUGAGCUACAGGAUCAUCCACAUAUCGACUGUACCAUCCGGACCGUGAGUCAACAUCAUUUUCCUUUUCACUUUGCGCAUCACAUCGACUGGCGGAGGGCAGUGGAGAAGCAAAUUCGCGAGGGGCUGGGAUGGGCUUUCCAUCGGCCUUUACCGCUUCCGUUCCACUUUCUAGGUGAGAAAUUCUUGGCCAAGAUGAUGACGUGGUGGUGGCAGCUGAGUCGGGCGGUUUAG